AUGUUUGGUAAGUUGAAGGGGCUCCUCAGUGGCCCGCAGGUGCCAGCGGCUCCUGGGACCACCAGAGAUGCUCCUGACCCAGCUCCAGCUCCAGCCCCAGCUCCAGCCAAGGAAGAGAAGGCAGGUGAUAAGGACAAUGACGCCAAGAAAGUGGACAAACCGCAGGAAUCAACUCCGGCCCCGGGCCCUGCACCUGCUCCUGCUCCUGCUACAGCCCCAGUUUCCGCUCCAGCCCUGGCUCCAGCACCAGGCCCUACAGCAGCUCCAACUAACCCUGAUCAAGCUGGACCUGGAGGGCAAGAAGUGGCCCCUUCUCUGCCCCCAGCUAUCGUCAUCAACAAGUACUCAGAUGAGCAGCUCAGAGCCAUCAUCAAACAGAUGAGAGAGAGACUGGAGCUCUACAGGGACAAAGUGGUUGAUCAGUAUGCUUCCUCCCCUGAGAUCAGCCCUCCUGUCACACCUCUGCUACACAAAGACUACUACACAAAAGUCAUAGAGGAGAGGAAGAGACAAGCAGAGGAGGAACGGAUAAAGAAGGAGGAAGCUGAGAAAAAGAAGAAAGAGGAGCAGGAGAAGAAAAAGAAGGAGGAAGAGCAGAAGAAGAAGGAGGAAGAGGAGAAAAAGAAGGAGGAAGAGGAGAAAAAGAAAGCAGAGAGUAAAGAUGAGAAAAAAGAAGAGGAGAAGGUAAAUAUGAAGACCAAGAUUAUUGAAGCUGCCUGGCGUUUUUUGGACGUUGUUCUGAAGCCGAUCGAGGACAGGAUGGACGCUGUGCUGGGGAUGACCAUGGACCCUUUCACAGACCGCCGCUACAUUGCCUGGCUGAGCCUGGUGACUCUGGCCUUCAACUACAACUCCUGGUUCAUGACGGUUCGUCUGUGUUUCCCGUACCACAAUGAGAGCGCCAUCCCUUACUGGUUUGCACUAGACUUAGUGGCUGACCUCAUCUACCUCAUAGACUCCAUCAUCUUCCAGCCUCGCAAACAAUUUGUCAAAGGAGGAGACAUCAUAAAAGACAGAGUGAUGACAAAGAAAAACUACAGAGAAACUGAGAGAUUCAAGAUAGAUAUGAUGUCCCUCCUACCAUUCGACUUGCUCUACUUCCAGUUUGGAUUUAAAUCCAUUUUCAGAGCCAAUCGUCUGCUGAAGGCAGAUACAUUUUUUGAGUUCAGUGAUCGUCUCGAGAGCCUCAUGGCCAGGGCUUACAUCUGGAGAGUUAUUCGCACCAUCGGUUAUCUCCUCUUCGUGCUUCACCUCAACGCCUGCUUCUACUACGUGGCCUCAGACUUCCAGGGCAUUGGCCAAACUAAAUGGGUCUACUCUGGCCUAGGCAGCGCGUACCUGCGUUGUUACUACUUUGCUGUCCGCAGUCUGAUCAACAUCGGGGGUCUUAACGAACCCCACACCGUCUUUGAGAUUACCUUUCAGAUGACUAACUUUUUCACGGGCGUCUUUGUGUUCUCCAGUUUGAUCGGACAGAUGAGAGAUGUCAUUGGUGCAGCCACAGCGGGACAGACGUACUUCCGAGCCUCCAUGGACAACACUGUGACCUACAUGGUGUCCAACCACAUCCCCGCUAUGGUGCAGAACAGAGUCCGCACCUGGUACACGUACACCUGGGACGCUCAGGGCAUGCUGGAUGAGUCAGAGCUGCUGGACAAGAUGCCUCUGGUAAUGAGAACUGCCAUAGCUGUUGACAUCAACCUGGUGACCUUUCAGAAGAUUGAUCUUUUCAAGGGCUGUGACCAGCAGAUGCUGGUGGACAUGUUGCUGAGGCUCAAGUCCAUCAUCUAUCUACCUGGAGACUUUGUUGUGAAGAAAGGAGACAUUGGUAAAGAGAUGUACAUCAUUAAAAGUGGAGCGGUGCAGGUGGUGGGAGGACCCGACAACAGCAUUGUGUUUGUCACACUGAAGGCUGGCUGUGUGUUUGGAGAAAUCAGUCUGUUGCAGUCUUCCAAAGAUGGAGGAAACAGGCGCACAGCUAAUGUCAAAGCACAUGGCUUCGCUAACCUCUUUGUCCUGGAGAAGAAGGACCUAUUUGACAUCCUUGUCCACUACCCAGAGUCUCAGAAAGUGCUGGCCAGGAAGGGAAAGAAACUAAUGAAGGCCAAGGGUCCGGCAGCAGCUAAAGCAGAAGAGGAUAAGAAGAAAGGCUUGAUGCUGUUUAGACCCAAACAAGAGACACCCAAACUGCUGCGUGCUUUUGGAGGAACCAUGAACAGAAAAAUCAUUGACAAAAUGAAGACAGCUGCUGGUGGCCAGUGAAAACGCAUUGCAGUCUGUUUAUCUGGACUUUGUUUUCUAUAUAACUCCUUUUUGGGAGUGAGUGUACGGCUUUAUUUUCAAUAUAUUUUGUACUGAGUGUUUUUUUCUGUUAUAUCACAUUGCUGAGGCAAAUGCUCCUGUCAUUUCCUAGGGUCAAACAUUAUUUAAUUCUUUUUUGCCUGGAACUACACAAGCAUAAUUGACCAUAAUAGGAUAACAAAUACAUUUAAACAUAUGUUUCCAAUUUGAUGUGAUAAGAUGAGCAGUGUUUGAAUCAAGAGACUACUGCCCCUAGUGGACACUGCUGCAUGUAUACUGUAUACAUCUAUAUUUCUUUUGUUUGUCUGCUUUUAUUGGCUUUAUAUUGAGUUUGGCAACCCACAGUAGUUCUAAAAGCCUAGCAAAAAUUACCCAUCAUUCUAAUUACUGGUGUCAGUAAUGCUUGAUCAGUUUAAUCUCUGUCUAUAUCUGCUUAAAUAAAUAAUCCCCUGAUUUCUCAA